UGGAAAAAUGUUUCGGUUUGAAGAACUUCAAAACGCAGUUGCCGAUAAUUUUAAGAGGAAGAAAGGAAUACGCCUUUUUAAUGUUUUUCCAUUAGACUGUAUUCCUAUUGAAACACUGAAAUCAUGGACUUUUAAACCAACUUGUAUGCCACUUCAGUACCAAACCCAAGCAGAGGCUUUUGCUAACUUCAAAGUUCGGGAAGAUGAUAUCUGGAUUGUAACAUAUCCGAAAUGUGGAACUACUUGGGCGCAGGAAAUGACUUGGAUGUUGGUUAAUGAUAUGAAUUUUGAUGAAGCGAAUUCAGUUGAUUUAACUGAACGGAGCAUAUUUUUUGAGGUCGAAGGAAUAGCCCCAACAGAUAAGUGUGAAGUCUUAGAAUUAUUAAAUAAACAAAAGUCUCCAAGAGUCAUUAAGACUCAUUUACCAAUUGGUUUGCUUCCUAGAGAUAUUUGGCUAAAAAAAUGCAAGAUAAUGUAUGUCACAAGGGAUCCUAAAGACAUGAUUGUGUCAUACUACCAUCAAAUGAAUAAUAUUGUUUCAUGUAAUAUGAGUAUCGAAGAAUUUGUAGAAUGCAUUUUAACGGAUAACAUGAUAUAUUCUUCAUUUUGGAACCAUGUGCUUGAAUUUUGGCUAAUUCGAAAUAAAUUCAAUGUUCUCUUCUUUACCUAUGAAGAUAUGAAGAGGGAUUUGGAGGGAAUCAUUGGAAAGACAUCAACAUUUCUCGAGAAGGAUUACAAUGCAAAACAGAUAAGCCUGCUGAUGGAACACUUAUCGUUCAAAAACAUGAAAGCAACUCCCACAUGUAAUAAUGAAAGUCUUGUAAAAAUGAUAUAUUCUGCAUACAAAUUGGAAUAUGAUGAAAAAACUGCAUUUAAAUUCAUGAGGAAAGGACUGAUUGGGGAACAUAAAAAGGAAUUAACACCUUAUUGCAUCGUAAGGAUCAAUGCAAAGACAAAGGAAAUGUUUGAACCAUACGGUCUCAAUCUUUACACAUGAUUAAAAGCGGUGAUAAAAUAAUGAAGUUUUCAAUAAGUCACUAAAAUUACUAAAUUUAAUAAAUAUGUAUUUAAAUAAUAA